AGUGCUUUCGCAUUAUUCACGGGAUAUCAGCAUCCACUGCUCCGCAUCUUAUCUACCGGAUGGAUCGAAGCUCAUAACGUCAGGUUCUGCUAGAUGAAAUGUGCGACAUCUGUGCCACUGUUGCCAAAGGUCAAGUUUCAGGCUUGUGAAUCUUUCAUGGUAUUACUAUUUGCGUGCCUUUCAUUGGUCCCUGGGAGUUGCGAAGGAUAUUCAGUCAGUGAUGAAAACCUGGUGUACCGGCUCAUCAAUACCGCCCAAGUUCUGCGAAGCUCGUGUCAACGACGAUACUCGUUCGGUUUCAUCAGCAUCAGCAUCAGCUCAACAGCUAUCGAUGUAUUGUCCUCGCAGAUUCACCUGCUCCGUACACUGGCAGUUAUGUUACCUAGGUGGAAAGUCCCGGUCAGUCCAAUAGACUCGUCCAGGAAAUAUGGUGAUCGAUGCUGCAACUGAUAAAACAACCGUUAAUCAACUCUUUUCCCUCAACG